UGUGGGCGACAACAAAUACGAUCACAAUAAAACCGAGAUGGAAUAUUUAUAUAUGGAUAGCUUUAGCGUAGUAAUUUCAAAGAAAGUACCCCUGUAUGUGUCCAUUUCUGAAUGAAUAUAGUAUUUAAGGCUUGCUGUCUUGCCUAACAACACAAACUGCGUUAAUGCUUACCUCUAGAAAAAAAAUACAUUGUUUUCCGGAAUGAAAACGGCGGAAACAUUCAAGCAAUAUGCCCCCCAGAGUCUUCCAGAGACUGGCUCAUACUGGCUAAUUGACUGAGAAACAUCUAGAAGAUUUCUCUAUCUGGUGUUUUACAGCUUUAUUAAAAGAUGGAGAAACAAAAUCUAGAUCCAUACAGCGAGGAGCAGCUGGAUAACAGUGUACAGAGUGAGACUGGGAUAAAGACUGUGAACAAGGCUGGAAACAAGGACAAAUAUAUAAAUAGAAAAAUGUGCAAUAAAAACUCUUUCAAAAAGAGAACAAUAAAAAAAAAAACAUCUCCAGCUUCGUCCCAAGAUGAGGAGGUUAAUCCUGAGAGUCCAUUGCCUGAUGCAACAAAGCAGUCCAAGAGGAAAAAAACAUCCAAGGGGAAAACAUCUUUGACAUCAGUCCAAGAUCACGUGGCCGAGGGCACAGAGCACACGUUUCGCACUCACAUAUGCACAGAAUGCCAGCGCUGCUUUAAGAUGCGCUCUCACUUGACGGAGCACAUGCGUCUCCAUUUUCCCGACCCCAGCCUGCAGUGUCCCACCUGCAAGCACUACUUUACCAGCAAAAGCAAGCUGCGUAUUCACAUGCUGAGGGAAUCUGGUGAGAAGCUGCAUCGCUGUCAUCUGUGCGAGUAUGCUGCUGUGGAACGUAACACCCUAAACCGCCACGUUGCCAGCGUGCAUGGCCACGAAGGAGAAACGGACACCGACAAAGAUUUCUACACGUGCCCCACUUGCCAAAAGAGCUUCCACCAGAGUCAGGCAUUAAAGAGUCAUAUGAAGUCCCAUCAUAUCACUCAGAAUGGGCAGCCUCUGCCAUGCUUCCACCAAGGCUGCACCUUCCAAUCCAUAGAUAAAAAGCUACUUCAGAAUCAUGUGUCAGAUGCGCACGGUAUCAAGGCUAUAGAGUGUCAUCACCACGCCUGCUGCGCACUGUUCGGAAGCAAAGAAGAUAUGGAGACUCAUUUUCGCACACAUCAAGCCUUCCACUGCACCCAAUGUGAAUUCUCAUGUUCCAACAAGAGCCGUUUCCAGCAGCACCAAAGACAGGGCCAUGCUGGAGAGACGCAGCUCAGAUGUAGCUUCUGUCAUUACAACACUUUUAAUCCGGUGGAGUUCGAGCAGCAUGUAGGACAUUUUCAUGCCAACGAGAAAACACACAAGUGCCCAGAGUGCAGCUUUGUGACUGCUCACAAAAGAGUCCUUAAAAGACACCUGCUAGUGCAUACGGGUGAAAAGCCACACAAAUGUUCCCUGUGUGAAUUCAGAUGCCGGGAUGAGACGUAUCUCUCAAAACACAUGCUGACACACACCAAAGACAAGCAGCACAUGUGUUCAGAAUGUGGUUAUGUUACCAAAUGGAAGCACUACCUAAAUGUCCACAUGCGCAAACACACUGGAGAUCUGAGGUACAAGUGUAACCAGUGUACAUAUCGGUGUCACCGCAUUGACCAGCUGAACAGCCACAAGAUUCGUCAUCAAGAGAAAACCCUUAUCUGUGAGGUAUGUGCUUACUCCUGCAAGCGAAAGACCGAACUGCUCAAGCACAUGCAGGUCAAACACGCGAUUGGGGAAGACCACCAGUAUCCUCUUUUCCAGUGCAAGUUCUGUACUUACACAACAAAGUACCGCCAAGCUCUACACAACCAUGAAAACUGCAAACACACCCAAACAAGGAAGUUCCGCUGUGCCCUCUGUUCCUACACAACGUUUAGCAAUACUGCACUCUUUCUGCACAAGCGAAAGGCUCAUGGAUACGUUCCUGGGGAUGUAAAGUGGUUGGAAACGUAUGCAGAAAAAGAGAGACAAAACAGUUCUGUGGAUGUGAUUCGAAAUUUUUACUCUGCGGUUGAAGAGUGCUCUGAGGGAAAAGUGGAUUCCUGUAGUGAUUCAAAAACCCCUAACCAGGCAGAGUCGGCAAAUAUGACCAGUGAUGUCAGUUCCCAAAUUCCCAAUUGCUGUGAAACAAUAAAUGGAUCAGAAAUCUCAAGUUCUGUGGAACUCCGGGUCAGUUCUGUUGCUAAUGCACUGGGAGAGGACUCAAACAAUACCACUGAAGAUCACUCAGUUAUCCAGUUAACCUUAUUAACAGAAACUGAAAAUGACCACAGAGGACCUCAAGAAAACCAGGAAGCCACAUCCAUAAAUAUCCCACUUGGUGAUUUUCCAAGAUCUCACAAUGCAUACGAAACCCCUCCGAUCCCUAAUAAACAUGUAAGUCCAGAGGAAGACUUGUGUGCUGUGUCAGAUUGUGAAGAACACUGUGUUAUCACAGAGCAAGCACAAAUCCAACGACAUGAGAUGCUGACCACAGAAUCCCAAACCUCACUAGCUCAACAAGCAAUUUCUACAAAGACUCCCUUAGCUGAGGCAGCAUCUUCAGAGACCUUGCUGCAGGUUAUGAGAAGGCAGGACAAAGACCAAGCAAAAGCUCUGAUUCUGGAGGGUCGAGUGCAGAUGUUGGUAGUCCAGACCCAGGACAACGUGUACCGAUGUGAUCGCUGCUCCUAUGUGACCCGUAAGCAUGCAGCUUUAACACGCCACUGCAGAUCAUCGUGCCAGGUAAUGAAAGCAGCACUCCAGUGCCAGGACUGCGGCGUACGCUUUAAACAAUUACGCUCCUUUAACACCCACCGUCUCAGAAAGUGCCAUGCACUGCAAAAGAAGAAGAAAACACUUUCUAACUCAAGAGACGGCGAAAUUGCACAGGAAAAGUUUACGUCACAUAAUCAAAAUGCUACUACAGGUAAGGAAUCUGCUGUCCCAGUAACAGACCCAUGUGAGGAGAAUGUGCGAACAACCACAGAAAAUAGGUCAAAGAUUGUACAUAAAACACCCAGUAAUUCUUCUCUAUCUGAUUCAAAGAUCUUGACAAUUCAUGAAUCCUGUGAUUACCAGGAAAGGGACGGUAAAUUCAGUUGCAUAAAUUGUUCAUUUUCAUGUAGCAGGAAAGCGGCAAUUGCUCGCCAUAGCACAGCUUGCUGCAGAAGCACAUCUAAAACAACCCUGACUGUAAAUGAAGUUACCUCUGAGGUGAAUAAAGAGCAAAGUGGAAGAGAUGAACAGCUGGAAAAACAAAAUGCGGAAAACCAUAGAGACUCAGGAAAGCAAAUUAAAACCUCCAAACGAGUUUACUGUACCAACUGUCCAUUUGUUUGCCAACAGAGAAGAGCAUUAACAAGUCAUGAAAAGCGGGGAUGUUUAAAGCCCGGGGAGAUCCAGUGCCCACAAUGCUCAUUUGUGGCCAGAUCAGAGACAUCGCUGAGUCGACACAUCCUGGGUCACGGUAAAGAUAAGAGUCAUAAACGUGGCAAGCCAACUCAACUUUGUUGCAAGCUUUGCUCUUUCUCCUGCAAGCAGGAGCGCCGCAUGAAUCAGCAUGUCGCGCUGAAGCAUGAGGGCAUUCGUCCAUUCCGCUGUCGCUUCUGUGAUUUCAGCACAGCACGCCGUCACCGCCUAGACGCUCAUGAGUCCAUGCACACGGGCGUAGGCAGGCAUCGAUGCGAGUUGUGUAAUCAGACUUUCGGGACUUCUUCCAAGUUACGCCUGCAUCGCCAACGCAUUCACGACAAGCAAGCCACUCACUUCUGCUCUUUGUGUGACUACAAAGGCUACAACCCAAAUGACAUCAGCCGGCACACCCUCAGCUGCCACACGGGCGAGAUGAGCUACAAAUGCAGCCAGUGCGAUUACUGUUUCAGCUCUGAUAUUGCCUUUAAGCAACACUGUAAGCGAACACACAAGACACACUGCUGCACUCAGUGUAGUUUCAGCUGUGACACUGACACUGUCCUCAAAGACCAUUUGCAAAGUAAACAUCCUCACAGGGAGAAAGAACCUGAUUCGCACACUCAGCUUGACCCUGCAAAGUGCAGCAGGGCCUCCGUCAACCAGCAAUGCCCAGACUGCCCUUUUACAACAUCAAAAAAACUCUCACUCGUCCAGCACAUCUUGGACGAACAUGAGAGCGGAUGCGAUGAAGGAAAAAUGCUCAAGUGUGAUAUCUGUGGCUUUUCUUGCUUCCAUCAGUUAGUGUUUGACCAACAUGUCCGGUCACAUGGAGGAACCUGUGUUUACAAAUGCACCGAAUGUGACUUCUCGACUCAGAACAAACAGAAAAUCACCUGGCACAUUCGCAUCCACACGGGAGAGAAACCAUACUCCUGCGAAAAGUGCAGCUACACUUGUGCGGAUCCUUCUCGCUUAAAGUAUCACAUGAGGAUUCACCAAGACGAGCGCAAAUAUCUCUGUCCGGAAUGUGGCUACAAAUGCAAAUGGGUAAACCAGCUAAAGUAUCACAUGACAAAACAUUCAGGAACCAAAUCGUAUGUAUGCGAGGAAUGUGAGUACCGCACAAACCGUGCCGAUGUGCUACGUGUCCACCGUGAGACGCGCCAUCGAGACACGCGGUCCUUCAUCUGUGAAAAGUGUGGCAAAGCUUUUAAAACGCGCUUCCUACUCAAGACACACCAGAAAAGGCACAGCGACGAGCGGCCAUAUGUCUGCUCUGAGUGCAAGCGAGGCUUCCGCUGGCCAGCAGGACUCCGGCACCACUUCCUCAGCCACACCAACCAGCUGCCUUUCUGCUGUCUGUACUGCACUUAUCGUGCAAAGCAAAAGUUCCAGGUGGUAAAACAUUUACGGAGGCACCAUCCAGACAAGCCAAUGCAGAACAGUGUAGUUAAAGACCCGAACACCUCCAGUGUCUCACUGCAAAAGGCUCUUUGGCUUGGGUCAAACAAUAAGGGACACACAGAGAGCAAAGGUGUCAUUAAAGGGGAGAAAGAAACUUUAACCGUUGGGAAAUAAGAGUGCUUUUUAAUUUCUACAGUGGCCCUGAAGCAGUGUUUCCAUGAACAUUACUCUCAGUCAUAAACUCAUUAUUUCUAAUAUGGUUUGGGAAAACAUUGUGAACAACAUGUACAAAGUAUAAUAUUUUUGUGCCAAAAAUAAACCUGAUUUAUUUAACUGUAAUUUCACUACAAUACACAAUUUCAAAUACAUUCAUUCAUAAACCUUUUUGAAAAGGUGUGCAGAAUGAAGCACCACAUUUACUAAAUGUAACAGAACAAUUUUAUAAAUGACACGAUUGUUAAAAAAUAAUAAAUAAGUUGCACGAUUUCUUAA